UCCUAGAGCUGUAUGUGUGUGUUGUGUACUGUUAGGCUCUGCCUGAAAAGUUAAAUGACUCACUCUUUCCUCCCCACGUCCUUUUUCUCUCCCUGUCCCUUUAUCCUCCCCCCUCCCUCCUCCUCUCUCCAGGUGGCUGGCCCACCAUUCAAGUACAACACGCUGAAUGCCUUCACCAAGCUGCUGGGGGCCCCUACCAACAUCCUCAGGGACUGUGUCCGCAUCAUGAAGCUUGAACUGUUCCCUGACCAGGCCACCCAGUUAAAGUGGAAUGUCCAGUUCUGUCUGACCAUCCCCCCCAGCGCCCCUCCCAUUGCACCCCCAGGAACCAUCGCUGUGGUGCUCCAGUCCAAAAUGCUCUUCUUCCUCCAGCUGACCCAGAGGCUGACGCUGCCCCAGGAGCCGGUCAACAUCAUUGUUCCCAUCGUAUACGACAUGGCCACAGGCCUGACCCAGCAGGCUGACAUCCCCAGACAACACUCCUCCUCUGGGGCAGCAGCACUUAUGGUCUCCAACAUCCUCAAGAGGUUCAGCGAGCUGCACCCAGCACGACAGGGUGAGUGCACUAUCUUUGCCUCAGUUCACGAGCUCAUGGCCAACCUCAACCUGCCCCCUGGUGGUCGCCAGUAGCAACCGCACCUCCCUAGCCAGAAACGGAAACGGAACCAGAACCGGAACACGACUCAAUACGGUUCCAUUCUGGAACAGGGAAAGGUUCCUUUCUGGAGUCUCAUGAACAGGAGAUGACGUGUGCCCACUGGAUUUCCUAAUGCAACAUAUCUCCUCUCUGCCUCAGCCAACUGACCUAAAACUGAUGUACAGUUAGUUAUUUUGUCAAAAAAGGGAGCAGAAUUAUGCAGAACCAUCAGUUUUUAUUCUUGAUAAAGAACACAUUAAUGACCCAAAUAAAGGAACAACUGCAGGUGUGAGUGUAUCUUGAAAGAGAGACAAGUAUUCAUUGUAAGAAGAACUUCAAAAAUAUAUUUUUUUUUUCUCCUCCA